CUUUUUUUAUUGCUAAACGCCUUCGAAAACAAUGGACUUAUUAUACCGUAAAGUACUACUUAUGACUCUCCUGACUGUUCAGGUUCGUAGUGACGUUGUGUCACCGUCUAAACAUCCAGGCCUGCAGGUGCUGGCCACAGCUUCACACUACUGGCCUCUGGAUUCAGUGGAAGGGAUCCACGGCCUCUCAGACCAGAUUGGGAACAGAACAGGUCAUGUUAAUGGGACUAAUAUAACUGUCAGAAUCCACAACCACACUGUCCUGACUACCCAUAAUUCUUCCUCUGUGUAUACCAAUGACUCUGCCUACACUAACAUUUCCGCCACUGUAGACAUUGUAGAAGGAAUGGUCAAUAAGGGCAUCUAUCUGAACGGUGAUAACGGGGCCACUUUCCUUCACUUUGGCAACUAUAAAGACUCCUGCAUAAGUGAUCCUGCUUUGUGUGGACCUGCCGGGAUAACUUUCUCCUUCUUCUGGAAAAAUAAUGAAGUAGAUUCUCGUUUUGCAAUUGCAUCCGGAGGUAAAGUCAUCUCAAGCGGUUUCUCUGUCUACUCUAACCCUUACGGAAGAUACGUGGAGUUCUACACAAGAGGAGACUCCAAGACAUGGAAAGCACAAAUUAAUCUUCCAGGGCCCUACUGGACACACGUGCUCUUCACAUGGACCCAAGCGGAGGGGUUAAAGGUCUACAUUAAUGGGACAUUCAGUGUAGGAGACCCCACAGGAAAUGUUUCUCUAAACUACGGCGAUCCUUAUGCUGACUUGGUUAUUGGCACAGGAAACACUGGGAAUUACAACCACUAUGCCACAGGGGCCUUCGAUGAGUUUGUGAUUUGGGAGAGGGCCUUGUCCCCUCAAGAUAUAAUGAUGUACUACAAAGCCGCCAUUGGUGAGAAUGUGAUGUCCAGCUUUCCCACCGAAGUAUCCAUCAGUGUCACUGCUGCAACAGAUACUCAGUUAAAGAGAACCACAGAGAUGCCCCGACCUGCCUCCACAAACCUGACAGAGGAAGUUCAGAGACUUCAGGACCCCAUGCGGUUACAAACGCUAGACCUCCUUCAGUCUCUAUCAUUUAACCUUCCAAACAAGACUAUACCUCAGGAAACAGCCAACAAUCUAACACAGUCUCUACUGAAGAGCGUGGAUGAGGUCAUAACUGCCAGCGACUGGAGAGAAAAUGAUGAGUGGAGUCCAGUGGUCAAUGGGCUGGUGGAAACGGUGGAUAAAGUGAUGGUGCAUAUGGCCUCCAAGCUUCGGUCUGACCCAGAUGCAGAGGCUCCACUGGCCUUAAAGGGCAAGAGCUCCGUAGCGGAUUACUCUCUGAUGAAGAUCCCUCAGAACUACAAUCUGCAAAGCUACCGGUUCCCAACACAAGGGAAGAGUUACAUCUCAGUACCAGGAGAGGCCCUCACAAUGCAGUGUGAGUAACCCUAAAAUCUGGCAUUGAUCCAGGGGUCUCAUUUAUAAAACUCAGUUGAUUUCUUCCUAAAAGUGUAAUGCAUAAAAGCACACAAAAGUUUUCAGAUUUAUUAAACCCUGUGUACGCCAGAAUCUGUGCACUAACCUACAGAUGACAAUGCUAUUUCU